AUGUGCUUUAUACUACCUGUCCCACGUCUCCCGCUCAGCAGGCUUCUCCUGGGCUCAGCUAUAGCUAUUCCCUCGCUGGGGACUGUGAUAUAUUACUGGGCAGAUCCACAGGAGCGAAGGAAGAUGAGGAUCCUACUGGAGGGCAUCAGUCGCUUCUGGAGGUCUCUGAUGAUUGGGUCUCGGAUCUCGGUGGAUUAUUGGUGGACGAGUCAUGUGACGCUGCGUGGGGAGGAAGAGAACAGUCCUCUGUUUGCAUCCGUGAUGUCACAAUGUCACCAGCGCGCUGCAGACAGAUUAGUGGAGGGGGCUGUGCAGAAUGGAGGACUCUACAUAAAAUUGGGGCAAGGGCUGUGCGCAUUCAACCAUUUGCUGCCCACUGAGUACACAAAUACUCUACGGGUGCUGGAGGACCGAGCACUUCCACGUCGUCCAAAUGAGGUGAAUGAGCUUUUUCUUGAGGAUUUCGGAGCUCCAGCUGAGAGUCUUUUCUCAAGGUUUGACCUUGAACCAAUAGCAGCUGCCAGUUUAGCUCAAGUGCACCAAGCGGCCCUGCACGAUGGGACAGAGGUGGCUGUAAAGGUACAAUAUAUUGAUCUCAGAGACAGGUUUGACGGUGACAUCCGGACACUAGAGCUGCUGCUGCGUCUUAUAGAGUUCAUGCACCCAACGUUUGGCUUCAGCUGGGUUCUAAAGGACUUAAAGGGCACCUUAGCACAGGAGCUGGACUUUGAAAAUGAAGGACGUAAUUCAGAGAGGUGUGCAAGAGACCUGAGAAGCCUCUCUUAUGUACGGAUACCCAAGGUGCACUGGGACCGCACCAGCAAGCGAGUCCUGACAGCGGAUUAUUGUGAUGGCUGCAAGAUCAGCAACGUGGAGUCGAUAAAGGAACGAGGCCUGGAGCUGCGUGAUCUGUUUUUCCUGUUACCCCCUGAUGGGCUUGUGCAGCUGUUUGUUCUGUUACCCCCUGAUGUGCGUGUGCAGCUGUUUGUCCUGUUACCCCCUGAUGUGCUUGUGCAGCUGUUUGUCCUGUUACCCCCUGAUGUGCUUGUGCAGCUGUACGUCCUGUUACCCCUUGAUGCGCUUGUGCAGCUGUUUGUCCUGUUACCCCCUGAUGUGUUUGUGCAGCUGUUUGUACUGUUACCCCCUGAUGUGCGUGUGCAGCUGUUUGUCCUGUUACCCCCUUAUGUGCUUGUGCAGCUGUAUGUCCUGUUACCCCCUGAUGUGCUUGUGCAGCUGUAUAGCCUGUUACUCCCUGAUGUGCUUGUGCAACUGUACGUCCUGUUACCCCCUGAUGUGCUUGUGCAGCUGUAUGUCCUGUUACCCCCUGAUGUGCUUGUGCAGCUGUAUAGCCUGUUACUCCCUGAUGUGCUUGUGCAGCUGUAUGUCCUGUUACCCCCUGAUGUGCUUGUGCAGCUGUACCUGUACGUCCUGUUACCCCCUGAUGUGCUUGUGCAACUGUACAUCCUGUUACUCCCUGAUGUGCUUGUGCAGCUGUACUUCCUGUUACUCCCUGAUGUAUUUGUGCAGCUGUACGUCCUGUUACUCCCUGAUGUGCUUGUGCAGCUGUACGUCCUGUUACUCCCUGAUGUGCUUGUGCAGCUGUACGUCCUGUUACCCCCUGAUGUGCUUGUGCAGCUGUAUGUCCUGUUACCCCCUGAUGUGCUUGUGCAGCUGUAUAGCCUGUUACUCCCUGAUGUGCUUGUGCAGCUGUACCUGUAUGUCCUGUUACCCCCUGAUGUGCUUGUGCAGCUGUAUAGCCUGUUACUCCCUGAUGUGCUUGUGCAGCUGUACGUACUGUUACUCCCUGAUGUGCUUGUGCAGCUGUACGUCCUGUUACCCCCUGAUGUGCUUGUGCAGCUGUACGUCCUGUUACCCCCUGAUGUGCUUGUGCAGCUGUACAUCCUGUUACUCCCUGAUGUGCUUGUGCAGCUGUACUUCCUGUUACUCCCUGAUGUGCUUGUGCAGCUGUACGUCCUGUUACUCCCUGAUGUGCUUGUGCAGCUGUACGUCCUGUUACUCCCUGAUGUGCUUGUGCAGCUGUACGUCCUGUUACUCCCUGAUGUGCUUGUGCAGCUGUACGUCCUGUUACUCCCUGAUGUGCUUGUGCAGCUGUACGUCCUGUUGCCCCCUGAUGUAUUUGUUAAGCUGUACGUCCUGUUACUCCCUGAUGUGCUUGUGCAGCUGUACGUCCUGUUACUCCCUGAUGUGCUUGUGCAGCUGUACGUCCUGUUACUCCCUGAUGUGCUUGUGCAGCUGAACCGCACAGCGCUCUGUAAGUUGUGGCGAUCCAUAGUACUUAGGAACCGACAAGACAUGGAAAAAUACUCAUCUGAGCUUGGUGUCAAAGAUUACUUCCUGUUUUGUGAGAUCCUUCUGCAGCGCCCUCUCUCGGUUCCUGGAGCCUUGGGGAGUUCCCUGACACGGGAGGAGACUAGAUAUAUGCAGGAAAUGGCACGAGACAACUUUGAUGACAUUAUGCGCGUACUUCGAGCACUCCCAAGACCCAUGUUACUCGUCUUCAGAAAUCUCAAUACUGUCCGCUGCCUGCACCUGAGUUUGGGAGCCCCAGCAAACCGCCAUAUCCUCAUGGCACGCAGUGCUGUGAAGGGCUGGAGGCGCCUGGCUGGGCAGAAUUCCUCCGGAGUGACUCGAUGGGUGUCUGUCACGUGGGAGAGCCUGAAGUUUGAGGUGGCCCUAAGGUGGGACAGCUUUAUUCUCCAUCUGACAUCUAUGCUCCUCCGCCUCCUGAUUCGGUUUGACUUUGUGCAAGAGAGCGAGCAGAUUCGGCAGUUCCUUCAGUCGUAGCUUCUCCCAUUAUCACCACAUUACGUGUCACUGAACUUCCACAGACAGUGAGAGCAACGGCUGGUUUUCAAGGCCAUCGUCUGCAGCAGAGAGCCAGGUCCUUCUGCCAGAAGAAACAACAUCCUGAGGGAACAAAGACCCCAACUGUGACCCUGUGAGGACCGUGACUUGUCCCAUGUGCCAAAUACCUCAUGUACUGCUGUGUCCAACUGUAACCUCUGCACUGAUAAACUCAUAGCUCAGUGUCAGUAGUGAGACGGCGGUUGUGACAAACCCGAAACUAUGCAAAUGCAUCUUUACAUAAAUAUCAUGACUAGGAUUCCUUAAAGGGACAUUAAACACUAAAGAAAUCAUUGCUUGAAUAAUGUAUUCAGAGCAAAGCUUAGCCUGAGAAUAAUCUGUACUAUUAGUAGUUUAACUUUACCAUUAUUAUAUAUCAGUAUUUAAUGUCCAUAUAGUGUGGGUGCCGCCAUAUUGUAACUUAGGUAACCUUUUCUGCUGAGGCCAAUUAGGAAUGGAUAUAAAUGGCUGGCUAGAGUGUGGGAUACAGCUGUGUCUGCACUGAUCAAAUUACAGGAAAGGGGAACAAAAUAAAGUAUAUUGCAAAGUUGUUUGACUACAUGUGAUUAAACCAUUUAUAUUAAGGUGUUUAAUGUCCCUUUAAAUAUAAUCUCAGUCUUGGACCACAUUUUGCAAAGUUUUAAAAUCUACGGACUUUAAAAUAAAAUGGUUUUAUAAUGUUUUUAAA